AUGGCACUUGCACAAAAGUUUUUACUGGUGGCGGGACUCGAGGCCGCGGCUCCAGAGAAAUCGGCGUUGCCCCCGCGGCGCCUCGGCGAGUGGGGGGCGCGCGGCUGCAGUGCCGCUCCCGGCCGGGUCCGCGUCCCAGUCCUUCCUCAGUGCGUCAAAAGAGCGGCUCUUUCCCGGUUCAAACCUCGGCACAGCCACCGAACCGGGCGCGGGUCCGUGGAAGUACUUCCUGCUUCUCGUUAUUACCUCACUCCACAUCCCCCGUCGCGAAGCGCCCUGGGAGCCCCGGGGGCUCAGCCCAGCACCGCGGGAGGGUCCCGGCAUCCCCGGGGCUCCCUCCGGGCCCCCCCGCGCCUCGUUCCGGUACCGCCAGGAUCACCCUUGGCCCGCAGCUCCCGCAGGAGCCUUGCAUCUUUUGGGAUCUCCCAAUCAUCUCAACUGCAGUUUGGUAUUUUUUCACCAGUGUUAUCCAGUCCUCAGGUGAAGCUGCUCUGUGUUGAAGAUGGCUACAGAUACCCAGAUGCAGAGCCCUGGGCCCAGGAGGCUCUAGGCACCGGAGGGGAGGUGAUCCAGGGGUUCUGCCACCUUCUAACAGACAGUCCAGUGCUUCAGGGACCCUGCCAGUAAGAGGUCACUGUU